AGUCAUAGCAUUCAACCUGAUAACAUGCUGUUGUUAAGGAAUGUGACUUAUUCUGAUCACGGGACAUACACGUGUUUAGCCAGCAGUGUCUUGGGAAAUGACAGUGUGUCCGCCAACCUGACAGUACAAGUUCCAGUGAUAAUUACCCAGGGACCUAAGUCCAUGGCACUAGAAGAAGGUUCAGAUCUAAGAUUGACAUGCGCAGCGACAGGUAACCCAAAACCGAGGAUAAGUUGGGAGAGACUGGGAUCAACUUUAGACACCAAGCGGCUCAUUGUCUACGGUGCUGCAUUCAUGUUAAAAUGCUUAAAAAUCUCGGACUCCGGUACAUACUCAUGCAGGGCAGAAAACCUGAUCAAUUUCAAGACCGUCACGGGUAGUGUCGUGGUGGUUCCUAAGCCUCAUUUUACAGUACGCCCCCCUAAAAGUGUCAAAAUUUUAUUUGGUGAAUCGCUUACUCUGGACUGUCAAGCUGACAGUGGAAACUUUCCUGUAGUUAUUACGCGGUCACGAUAAAACGGACUUCAGCUAGCUGCAAGACAUCGUACUCUCGAAAAUGGCUCACUGGUUCUUGAUAGAGCAUCUCAAGCUGAUCAAGGUACUUAUAUUUGUACUGCAAGAAAUCUUGUGGCUUCUCUGAACUCUCAUGUAGGUGUUAACAUUUUUUCCCUGAGUUCCUGUAGUGAAAUAAAACGAGCUGGAUUUUCCGAGAGCAGGACAUACUUCAUAGGCCCAAAAGGUUUAAAGCCAUUUGCUGUUCACUGCGACAUGCGUGACAAAAAUGGGGUUGGCGUGACAGUCAUUGGUCACGACAGCGAAGCGCGAACUUUGGUUAGUGGCUUCGAAAGUCCGGGAACUUAUCAGCGGAAAAUAAGGUACACUGGCUACAGUAAACAACAACUGGUCGGUUUAAUUGCAGCUUCUACAAAUUGUGAACAGUUCAUAAAAUAUGAGUGCUACGACUCGGUUUUGUUUUAUGGUGACGUGUAGG